AAAAAAAAAAGCAACAAUUUUCCAGUUUCCCUCUAUAUAUUUAAGCCAGUAAGACAUAUGACACCCAAAAAAGAACAGUCAACACUUUCACACAAACAUUGGCACUCUUCUUUACCGCUGCAAAAUAAUUAUUCAAUGGCUUACUACCAUCAUCACUUCAAUUCAGAGUUGCAAAACCUUAAAUUACCAUCAUCACUUUCAGUGUGUGAAUUUGAUCAAACCAUGGAAACUCUGAUGAGUAGUCCAUUUCCAGACUUCAAUCCAGGAGGAAUGAUGGACCAAAGCACCUCGAAUUGCUUCAGUAUGCAGCAGCAGAGCACUAGUCCGCUGGUGGGAUUCUCUCCGGACAAUUUCAUCAACCAAGUGAUUCUGCAUGAUCAAUUCCCUGGAAUUCUCGCAGACAAUUUCCCUGUAAUUUUCCCUGGAGAAUUGAUCAGGAAUAUCGGAGGCGGGAUUUCGAUUACUGAGCCUAACAACAACAACAGCUCCUCUGUUAACAAUGAUCAUCAUCAUCAAGAACAAGUCAACCAUGAUAUUGAGAAGAAGAGGAAAUCAAUGCACAGUAAUCCAGCAGAAAGCAGUUCUGCUAAUUCAUCUCCUCCAGUUUCUGAAAGUGGAAUUACAAGGAAAAAUAGUUCAGGAAGAGGGAAAAGGGCAAAAACCAACGAUCAGAACGGAGACGAGAAAUCGAAAGAAGUGGUUCAUGUUAGAGCUAAAAGAGGCCAAGCUACUGAUAGUCACAGUUUAGCAGAAAGGGUCAGAAGAGGGAAAAUCAAUGAGCGACUUAGGUGCUUGCAAGACAUUGUUCCAGGUUGCCAAAAGACAAUGGGAAUGGCAGUGAUGUUGGACGAAAUCAUUAACUAUGUUCAGUCGUUACAAAACCAGGUUGAGUUCUUGUCGAUGAAACUCACAGCCGCAAGCAACACGUACAAUUUCAACGGAGAAACAGAUAUUAUCGAUAUCAUUCAGGUAUUUUCACAAAAUAUACUUUCUCGUCCCAAAUUAUUGUCCAGGUAUUACUACGAAUGAUGAUUAAAUAAGACUUUGAUUUUGUUGGGUACGAAACAGAGAGCAAAGGCAAUUGAGGCAAUGAAGAUGCAAAAAAUAAUGAAGGAAGAACGGGAUGGAGUUGGUUCUACUCAACAAAUUGGACAGUUUGACCAGAAUUUUGGAUGUUACUACCCACCAUUGCCACACAACACAUGAUUAUGAUUUAGAGUGCUCAACCCUUUACCUAAUCAAAUUCGUCCCACUAGCCCUUAGCAACAUGUACAAGAAGAUGAGUGAAGAAACGUUAAAAGCAAAAACAAAAAUUGUCCCACUUGAUGAUUCUAGUGGAUUUCAUUUUAGAC